UUCAGUUCGGUUUAGUUUGUAAUUACUCAAAUCGUUUAAAAUAAUAAAUAAAUAAUUCAGAUUUUUUGAAUACCUGAGAAAAGUGUAUAGUGACAUCAUUUCUCAUGAUAUCGAUAUUAUUUCGUCAUCGCCCAGUUGUGAUGGAGAUCAGAUCUUGGCCGUCUCUGAUCUGCAUGAAUCUACACUCUGAGCUAGAAAGAAAUCAGCCCCAGCACCACUUUUCACUUCUUCAUACCAUUCUGUGUUCAUGUGUUACCGCUGUUAGCAGUGCUGUUGCAGGUUGUUCCACAGAAGUCCACAAUAAUCCCCUUUAAACAUUUUGUUAAAAUGAAAUAACAUGCUAGAUGCCAAAACUUACGCAACCUUAUGUUGAUGUUAUUAUCUUUGGAAGACGUGUGUAAGCCGGCCCUACCUGGACGGUUAUUUAUCAGCCUGAGUGGCAUUUACAUACACAAGCUUGCACUUUUGUUCAUUUUUUAAGCUCUGUAUUGUUAAAGAUUUUAUAGUCAUCGUCCCUGAAAGGUGUCUUUGUGGAAAAACAGGCAAAGUGGCUCAUUUUCUGCAAAUUACUGUCAACAUCGUAAUGACUACCUCUGCCCUUGUAAUGAUGAUGAUUAAGUCGUGUAAAGUUGCUCCGAAACCUGCUCCAAGCCCACACACGUCUUACAGCGCCGUGGAAAGGAGGGAAUUCUUCCUGACCGAGGAUCACCCGUUUGGCCAUUUGAUUGACACUUUGCCAAGCAAGAAAAAUGAAGUUAGAAAAUAUUUCAAUCCUCAGAAGCUUGGAGAUCCCAAAUAUGAGCGGCUGCCGUUCUCCAUCCGCGUGCUGCUCGAGGCUGCCAUCCGGAAGUGUGAUGGCUUCUACGUAAAACAGGAGGACGUGUACAGUAUUCUGAACUGGGAAGAGCGUCAGAAUGAGGCUGAGGUCCCUUUCUCUCCAGCACGAGUGCUGCUACAGGACUUCACGGGUAUUCCAGCCAUGGUGGACCUGGCAGCCAUGAGAGAUGCUGUAGCCAAGAAUGGCGUCGACCCCAACCUCAUCAACCCCAAAUGUCCCACUGACCUUAUAGUAGAUCACUCACUACAGAUUGACUUCAGCAAGUGUGCCAUCCAGAACACCCCUAACCCUGGUGGAGGCGAUGGGCAGGGGCCAGGGCCUCGCUCUGUUCCUAGCCGUCCGGCUCCACGCGGCCAUCACGCCAGCAGCAGCGGCGCUCAGUGUGGAAGUCAGAGAGGAGGCUGCACCAAGGGCUCCUGCACCGACUCGUCCGCUAGAGCCACCGCAGUGCAGAUCGAGAACACGCCACUUCUGUGCCCUUUCCACCUGAAGCCUGUCUCUGAGCCAGAGACGGCUCUCAAAAACCAGGAGACGGAGCUCAUAAGAAAUAAAGAAAGACUUCAGUUCUUCAAGUGGUGUUCGAAAGCGUUUAAGAACGUGAGUGUGGUUCCUCCAGACUUUGGCUCAGUACAUCAGGUGAACCUGGAGUACCUGUCUCGCGUGGUACAGGAAAGCGAGGGUUUCAUUUACCCUGACAGUGUAGUGGGCACAGACUCCCACACUACCAUGAUCAAUGGCCUUGGCAUACUUGGCUGGGGAGUAGGAGGUAUAGAGUCGGAGGCAGUAAUGCUGGGCCAGCCGGUCUCUUUCACGCUGCCGCAGGUCGUUGGAUGUAAGCUAGUGGGGUCCGUCAGCACUCUGGCUACGUCUAUAGACAUAGUCCUUGGUAUCACUAAGCACUUACGCCAGGCUGGUAUCGGUGGGAAGUUUGUGGAGUUUUUUGGUCCAGGAGUGUCUCAGCUCUCUGCUGCAGACAGAACCACCAUUGCGAACAUGUGUCCUGAAUACAGCGCCACCGUCAGCUUUUUUCCUGUAGACGACAUCACACUCAAGCACUUUAAACAGACCAACUUCACAGAAGAGAAACUUGAAGUUUUGGAGACUUACCUGAAAUCCGUGAAGCUGUUUCGGGGCUCUGCUGACCAAUCAGAAGAUCCGCAUUAUACUGAGGUAAUAGAAAUAAACCUGAGUUCCAUCGUCCCCAAUGUGAGUGGACCCAAACGGCCACAAGACCGAGUGCCCAUCACCUGCAUGAAAGAGGAUUUCCUUAACUGCCUCAAUGAAAAGGUUGGCUUUAAAGGGUUCCACGUUCCGAGGGAAAAGCAAAGCACCGUGAUGCCGUUUCUGCACGAGGGCACCGAAUACACACUUUCUCACGGAUCAGUCGUCAUCGCUGCCGUCAUCAGCUGCACCAACAACUGCAACCCUUCUGUCAUGCUCACUGCAGGUCUCUUAGCAAAGAAAGCGGUGGAAGCAGGUCUUUCUGUGAAGCCUUACAUCAGGACCAGCCUCGCUCCGGGGAGUGGCAUGGUUACACACUACCUCAAUGCCAGUGGAGUGCUGCCUUACCUCAGCCAGCUUGGGUUCGAGGUGAUUGGUUAUGGAUGUGCCACCUGCGUAGGAAACACGGCACCUUUACCCGAAUCUGUAGUAGACGCCAUUAAACAGGGGGAUCUGAUUGCUUGUGGAGUGUUGUCCGGGAACAGGCAUUUCGAGGGGCGUCUCUGCGACUGUGUGCGUGCCAACUACCUAGCCUCGCCCCCGCUGGUGGUGGCAUACGCCAUCGCGGGCACAGUUGGAAUCGAUUUCGAGAAAGAGCCGCUCGGUGUGAACGCUGAAGGUAAGGAGGUGUUCCUGAAGGACGUGUGGCCGUCUAAAGAAGAGGUGCAGUAUGUAGAGGAGCACGUGGUCGUCGCCGCCAUAUUCACCGAGCUCAAGAGCAAGAUGCAGAAAGGGAGCACUUUUUGGAAUAGCUUAGACGCUCCAGAUGCUGUGUUCUUCCCAUGGGAUGCCAAGUCCACUUAUAUUCGUUGCCCUCCGUUCUUCAACAAACUUUCUAAAGAAGUUUGUCCUCCUGGGUCCAUUGAAAACGCACACGUUCUGCUGUUUCUGGGGGACAAAGUCACCACUGACCACAUCUCUCCUGCCGGCAGCAUUGCACGGGUCAGCGCAGCCGCCAAGUACCUACAGAGCAAACGCCUGACACCUCGCGAAUUCAACUCUUACGGCGCACGCAGAGGGAACGAUGCUGUGAUGACUAGAGGAACUUUUGCCAGCAUCAAACUCCUAAACCUUCUCAUCGGCAAGCCCGGCCCCAAAACCGUGCACGUCCCAACAGGACAGACGAUGGACGUGUUCGAGGCGGCGGAGCGGUACCAGAGAGAUGGCAUUCCUCUCAUCAUCCUGGCAGGGAAAGAUUACGGCUCAGGCAGCUCGCGAGACUGGGCAGCCAAAGGACCUUACCUACUGGGAGUGCGGGCGGUGAUCGCUGAGAGUUUUGAAAAGAUGCAUAAGAACCACCUGGUGGGAAUGGGCAUUGCUCCUCUGCAGUUCCUCCCCGGCCAGAGUGCUGAAACCCUGGGGCUCUGUGGGAAAGAGAAGUUCUCUAUCUCCAUCCCAGAGCAGAUCUCUCCUCAGCAAGAGCUAACUGUGCUGACCAGCACUGGAAAGAACUUCACCGUGGUGACUCUGUUUGAGAACGAGAUGGACGUGGCCUUUUACAGACACGGAGGCAUUCUGAAAUACGUGGCCCGCAGCUUGCUGAAGUAACGUCUCUCUCUCUCUCUCUCUGUCCAGCCUGCUCUCAGAUAAUUCACACAAUCCAUCUCAGGAGCACUGAGCGAGACCGUUUGAGCUAAGACUGCUGAUCUCCAGCCAGGUUGAGCCGCAGAUCGACUGGUUGUGGAGGGCUGUUGUCGGCCCGGCGACGGCUCCGGACGAAAGUCGGGGACUUUUUCGGGCCUUGGACUCUGUUGUGCCUGUUUUCUGCUGUUUCCUCCGUCACUCUUCCUAAAACGGCGUCUACCGGAGGACACGUUUUUCUUGCACUUAACAAUACUCUGCAGUUUCAUUCUCUAAAUUCUGCCGUCCCACAGAGAUGCGAAAAGAAAUCCAGACUCUACACAAAGUGUGCUCAAGUUUUGGCGUCCUCGAAACUCUUUGGGUCGAUUCUGGAUUUCUCCACCCGGCCGGUGGUGCAUGUUCGCAGUGCCUGUUCAGCACGUUGGUGGACUCGUUGUUAAAAAUCAGAGGAACUGGUGCUAGGCUCUCACACAGACUACACGAUGUCCACACACACGUCGGUGCUUCUCAACCUGAUACUUGUGGUCUUUACGUACUGCUUUAGCGCUUGCAGGCCAUCACACAGAGAUUCCUUUCUGUUAUUUUGUAACAGAUGAUUGUUAGAGUGUACGAAGUUAAACAAAAUGCCUAACCUCAGUAACCCACUUUUUAAAAGCCCUCACCUUUGUGAGGAUGAAAAAAAAAAAUGUAUUACAUUAUUUAUUUUUGAUCCGAUCCAGCGUGAAAUCAUUUGUUUGUCGGUUUGUGUCUGUUCCAUCACUGAGAGUGUCAGGGCCUGGAUGUCAUACCUGAAAUAAAUAUAGUAUCAUUAUUGUUCCUUCAGUGGUGUAUUACAGAAGUGAAGCCGGCACUUAUCUGAUAGCGAUACAUCCAGGGACUGUUUCCCUAUUAUUUUAUUUUUUAAGUAAGUCAGAGUGUCCUAAGAUAGAUGAGAAAUCAUAUUUACUGAUGUAAACACUUCAUAAUUUAAAAAACAACAACAAAAUCUCACACCACAGGCAAAUAAUCAUUAACAAAAAGUGAACACAGUUCCAAUUAGAAAAGAAAAAUCAGCUUAGUUGUUAAGAUUUGCUGUUUCUGUUUAUCACAAUCUGCCUGCAAAAAAAAGGUCGGAUAUCUUUUGUUUAUUAUGCUGCAAUCCGAAAAGCGCAAUGGAUCAGUCAUUCAGCUCGUGAAGUUUACAUUCUCAGACAUUAACACACCUGACGUCGCAGCAGUAUGAUGGUGCAUAAACAGAAUACCCUAUGCAUUCAUUUCUACUUUGAUAUGUUUCUUUGUGAAAAGGUGUUUUGACUGCUUCGUAAGUUUAGAUUUGUAGCAUAAUUCUGCAGAUUUCAGCCCAAAUUUACUAACGCAAAGACCAACGGGACGUACUUUUCAUGACGAAAAACGACCAAGACAGUUGACCUACAAUAUACGUAAUUUUUUUUCGUUUAUUGCUCAGAAAUAAUUCAUUUAAUCCUUAUUAUCAUGUUUAUCAAAUUCAAACACUAGGCAUACAAAUAAGACCUUGCUCUGGUCAUCCAUGUUUUUCCAAACUGAAGCACUGGAACACGGGAAAAUCAACUUUCCGAGUAAAAUGGAUUGCAGCAUUAAACUUCAUCUACACAGAUGUGGAAGUCACCUUUUAUUCGACUGACAAGCAGAACUUUAAGAUAAUAUUUAUCACUCCUUUUAUCAUCAAAGCCACCUAUUUAAAUCCUAAAACGUUUAUUAAGCCAAAACAGAAUUACAGCUAGAUUCCACUGUUAAUAAUGGUAAUAAUAUCUGCCUUGAAAAUGUGAUCUUUUCUAGAUUCCUUUUUUUUUUUUUUUUUUUUUUAAAUUUAUGCAUCUAAAACCUUAUUACAUCAGACGUAUCUGACAAAAAUAACCGUGUAGAGUAGUUAUGGAUGUAGCGCUGUUCCUACUGUUUUGCACCAUUUGUAUAAGAUGACAGUGUGCAGCUGCACCUUCCUAUUAGAGACAAUUUGGGGGAAGGUGGAAAAAAAAAAACAUUGCUGUUGUAAAUCAUUUUUAAUAAACAUUAUCAAGAAUGAAA